AAGAGAGCAACCAUUGUUAUAGAAAUUGCCCCCGAUUUCUUCCUGUCUGAAAAAAAAAAGGGUAUUUUUCGGUGCUUUGAGGGUUUCAUUUUUUACAUCGAGUGUUUGGAAACAUGGCGGGCCUGUGUUCAUCGCCGCUAUGGGAUACCAAUUUGACGUGGAACACACCAGAUCCAGAUUUCACCCAUUGCUUCCAGAAGUCUUUCCUUGCUUUGGUGCCAUGUUACUUUUUCCUGUUCCUUGCUCCUUUGAGGAUAUGUCAUCUAUGGAGACAAAAGUUGCACAUUAUUAAAUGGAGUUGGCAGAGUGUUUUAAAAGUGGUUGUUAUAAGUAUAUUAAUGUUGUUUGCUAUCUAUGAAGCAAUCUUUGGCAUUAUCAAAAUUUCAAAUGAUAGCAGCAAGCCUAUAAUAGACAUCCUUUCACCGCUUUGUGUUUUUCUUACAAUGAUUGUGGUUUUGAUUGUCUUGGUAAUGGAGCGCAAGCGAGGAGUGAGAUCUUCUAGUCUUAUGGUGUUGUUCUGGUUAUUGUAUCUUAUUUGUGAAAUCAUUCGGAUAAGAUCAGUCAUCAGAGUUGCUAUAGAUAAAGGCUAUGUCUCCCCUUCACUUUUCAUCCAUUACCCUUGUGUUUUGUUUGCCUUUAUACUGUCUGCUAUUGUAGACGCUAAACCAGUAGAUGCUGCAUUAAAAGAUGAGCAUCAAUGUCCAGAGAAAGAUUCAUCAUUUUUAUCUCAAAUCACAUUCUGGUGGUUUUCUGGAAUGGUAAUUCAGGGCUAUAAACGUGCUUUAACAGAGAAAGAUUUAUGGUCCCUUAAUAAAGAGGACACAUCAGAAUAUGUAUCUGCACAAUUUUAUCGCAAGUGGAACUUGACUAAAGAAGUGCCUUUACCCAUUGCUGCCAAUGGUGAUGUUCAUGAGACCAGUUUCAUGUACAAGGAAGGAAGUGCUAUCCUGGUCCCAUACAAUGCUGCUAUGGAGGAUUCCAAACACAAGCGAAGUCUGUUCUCAGCAUUAGUCAGAAAUUACUUUGGAUUUUUUCUUGUGGCAGCCAUUUUUAAACUAAUUCAUGACAUUCUUAUGUUCAUUAGUCCACAGUUGCUCAGGCUCUUGAUUAAGUUCACCAGUUCUGAUGAGUAUAUGUGGCGUGGCUUUUUCUAUGCAAGCAUGCUUCUUCUGGUCGCCCUGGUUCAGUCAAUUUUGUUACAUCAGUAUUUCCAUGCCACAUUUCUGUUGGGCAUGAGGAUUAGAUCAACCAUCAUAGCUGUCAUUUAUAGAAAAACCUUGAAAUUAUCCAGCUCUGCCAAAAGGUCCUCAACUGUUGGUGAAAUAGUCAAUCUCAUGUCAGUGGAUGCUCAAAGAUUUAUGGAUUUGACCACCUACUUGCAUACCAUAUGGUCUGGACCUUUUCAGAUAUCAGUGGCAUUGUACUUCUUGUUUCAAACUUUAGGACCUUCUGCUCUUGCUGGAGUGGGAGUUAUGGUGUUGUUGAUACCACUGAAUGCAGUUAUUGCUAAUAAAUCUAGACAAUACCAGGUAGCACAAAUGUCUUUGAAAGAUGCAAGAAUUAAACUCAUGAAUGAAAUUUUGAAUGGAAUUAAGGUUCUCAAACUCUAUGCAUGGGAAGGCUCUUUUGAGGAGAAGGUGCUUGACAUAAGAAACAAGGAACUAAAAGUGUUGAGAAAAUCAGCUUACCUGAACGCUGUCAGCUCAUUUUUCUGGACAUGUGCACCAGUCUUGGUUUCCUUGACAACAUUUGCUGUGUAUGUCCUCUCCUCCACUGACAAUGUUUUAAAUGCAGAGAAAGCCUUUGUCUCAUUGGCACUCUUUAACAUCUUGAGGUUUCCAUUGUCCAUGGUACCUAAUGUGAUCACCAACAUAGUCCAGGCAAAUGUUUCAUUAAAAAGGCUUCAAAAGUUUGUUGAUAAUCCUGAGUUAGAUCCGUAUAGUGUGGACAGACAAGAUUCUGAUGAUAUAGCAGCUAUAAGAAUUGAAGAUGCAAGUUUUGCAUGGGAAUCAGGCAAUACCGUUUUGUCUCACAUCAACCUGACCAUUGAGGAAGGAUCACUGGUGGCCAUAGUUGGGGCUGUGGGAGCUGGAAAGUCUUCAUUGUUGGCAGCCAUGUUGGGAGAGAUGGAGAAAGAAGCUGGGUCAGUGAGUGUUAAGGGUUCAGUUUCCUAUGUAGCUCAGCAAGCAUGGAUACAGAAUGCAACAUUAAAAGACAAUAUAUUAUUCAACAAGCCUUUAAAUGAAAACUAUGAAGCAGUGAUAGAGGCAUGCGCUCUUCGGACUGAUCUUCAGAUCCUACCUGCUGGUGACCAAACUGAAAUUGGAGAAAAGGGAAUUAACCUCUCUGGUGGACAAAAGCAGCGUGUAGCCUUGGCUCGAGCUGUGUAUCAAAACAGUGAUGUGUACUUGUUGGAUGACCCACUUUCUGCUGUUGAUUCUCAUGUCGGCAAACAUUUGUUUACAGAAGUGAUUGGACCAAAAGGAAUGUUAAAGGACAAGACACGUGUACUUGUCACUCAUGGCAUUGGCUUCUUGCCCCAAGUCGACAAGAUUAUUGUGCUAGUGCAUGGGAAGAUCUCUGAAGUUGGUUCUUUUACUGAAUUGAUGCAUCACAAUGGGGCAUUUGCUGAGUUUUUGCGCAAUUAUCUGACAGAAGAGUUGAAAGAUGACACAUUAGCAGACGGUGAUAUAUUGAGCAGUAGAGCAGAAAUUUUGUCCAGAUUGGGCUCCAUGGCAGAGGAUGCCAGUGAGUUCAUUCAAAGUUGUUUUAUCUAUUUGUUUAGACAAGUGUCCAGAUUAAGUGAAGCCCAUCCUGAUAGCUCUGAGGUCUCAAAAGCUGUCGAUGAUGACACUGACAUUGAUGCUUUCAAAGACACCUCAGAGCUAAGGGGAAGUGAUAUGUCUCUGCCAGCUAGCAUCCACAAGUCAACAGUGCUCACAUCUAAAUCUACACAGGACAAAUCAGACUUGAUUGUGAAUGAGGAAGAAGAGAAAUUGCUUAAAAAGGAGAAGAAGGGAGAUAAACUUGUACAGGCAGAGACGGCUGAAACAGGCAGAGUCAAGUUGUCAGUUUUCAUGGUUUACGUGAAAGCUGUGGGAGCUCUCCUGACUGUGGUCAUUCUGUUUUUCUAUGUACUGUACCACUCUGCCAGUAUCUACUCCAACAUUUGGUUGAGUGAGUGGAGCAAUGAUGCUAGAAACCCAAAUAUAUCUUCAGACACCGCCAACAGAGAUAUGAGGCUAGGAGUCUAUGGUGCCCUUGGUAUUAUACAAGGCAUCUUCGUGCUCAUUACUGCCUUGAUGAGGUUGCUGGGUGGGGUUAGAGCCACAAAGAUCCUUCACCGUGCACUGCUGGGUAAUAUUGUUAGAAAUCCCAUGAGUUUCUUCGACACGACACCCUCUGGGCGCAUUGUCAACCGAUUCAGCAAGGACAUUGACACACUGGACACUGUCAUCCCCAUGCUAGUGGGCAUGUUCUUGAUGUGUGUGUUCCAGACAUUAUCCACCAUUUUGGUCAUCUCCGUCUCCACACCGAUGUUCUUGGCCUGUAUUGUGCCGCUACUCAUUUUCUACUACUUUGUACAGAGAUUUUAUGUAGCAACUUCCAGACAACUGAAGCGACUUGAAUCCAUCAGUCGCUCACCUAUUUAUUCUCACUUUGGAGAAACUAUCACAGGUGCCAUGACAAUCAGAGCUUUUGGUCUAGAAGAACACUUCAUCAAGGAAUCUCAGACCAAAGUUGAUCAUAAUCAGAGUAGCUAUUACCCUGGGAUAGUGGCCAACAGGUGGUUGGCUAUUCGUUUAGAAAUAGUGGGCAACCUCAUCAUAUUCUUUGCUUCAUUGUUUGCUGUUAUUGGUCGAAAUGAUCUGAGUCCAGGCAUUGUGGGUCUUUCUAUCACCUAUGCCAUGAAUGUCACCCAAACCUUGAACUGGUUAGUACGUAUGACUUGUGAUCUAGAGUCUAACAUUGUGUCUGUAGAGAGAAUCAAGGAAUACACAGAGACACCAACAGAGGCUGCUUGGAUAAUUGAAAACCAUCGUCCUAAUCCAGAAUGGCCUGAACAGGGUGUGGUUGAGUUUAAAGAUUAUCAGUUCCGUUACCGAGAGGGAUUAGAUUUAGUUCUUAAAGGAAUCAACUGUCGAAUAGAGUCUGGUGAAAAGAUUGGCAUAGUUGGCCGCACUGGUGCUGGUAAAUCCUCCCUUACUUUAGGUUUGUUCCGCAUCAUAGAAGCAGCUGGGGGCUGCAUUACAGUUGAUGGAAUAGAUAUUUCUACAAUUGGCCUUCACGACCUCAGGUCAAAGCUUACAAUCAUACCUCAGGACCCAGUUCUGUUUUCUGGCACACUGAGAAUGAAUCUGGACCCAUUUGACAAACACCCAGAUGAGCAAAUCUGGUCUGCUCUUGAACAUGCUCACCUGAAGUCCUUUGUCUCUGGCUUGGAGAAAGGUCUUUUAUUUGAAUGUUCUGAAGGAGGAGAAAAUCUCAGUGUUGGCCAACGUCAGCUGGUUUGUCUUGCCCGUGCUCUGCUGCGUAAAACUCAGGUGUUGAUUUUGGAUGAGGCAACAGCAGCUGUAGAUCUGGAAACAGAUGAUUUGAUCCAGGCAACAAUACGAAGUGAAUUUGAAAGGUGUACUGUGCUAACCAUAGCUCACAGAUUAAAUACAAUCAUGGACUACUCAAGGAUUCUGGUUUUGGAUGCUGGGAACAUAAAAGAAUUUGAUGAUCCCAAAGUUCUUCUGAACAACCACAAAAGUAUAUUUUACAGCAUGGCCAAAGAUGCUGGACUCGUGUAGGUGAAAAGUCAAAGGAUGUCAUGAGUGACCAUUAUUUAUAAUGUGAAAUCUAUCCUUACUAAUAUUAUUUAUUACAUUCAAGAUUGCAUCGUGUAAAGAAUUAUGACAUCUUUUGAUAAUAUUGAAAGCAUUCAUUUUUUUUUAGAUUCAUUAACCAUCUGACAUGGCAGCAGGCAAAAACAUUAUUUGACACAUAUCUGUGGGUACUUAACAUAAAGUGUUUUUUUUUAUGAGUCAAACUUCUUUCUGCUAAUUGACAUCGACUUUCAUAUUUGUAUAUUUAGAUAUUAUUCAUUUGUAAUUUACUUAAGUUGUACUAGUCAUAAAUAUACACUUAUAUCUCAGGAUAUUUUUGUGUACAUCUUCUAGUUAACUAGAUAUGGACAAGACAAAAUACACACAUGUCUAUCAGUACCCUGUACAUUUUUAUGUUGUUGCACAUAUUAUAUUGACUAAAUAUCAUACGUUUAUUUUGUGUAUGUAUAUAAAUCCUUAUAUUUCAGCUUUGUAGACAAUUCUUUUAUUCAUAAGUUUUUUUAAAAGACAAGCUUUACAAUACUUGAGCCUUUUAGUGUUAAACGUGUUAACAGUGACAGAAUUUCUUUAUCAAAGUAAAUAUUUGGCAAUGAAUGUAGUUCUGGAGAUGUUUGAGUCUUGUCUGGUGUUUCCGUAUCAGAACUUUGUUUUUUAAAAGAGAAACCUUUUUUGGUGGUGGAGUUAUUACUAGCUUAAACUAGCAUAGAUUUGAUGUUGAAAUUUUACAUAACAUUACAAAUCCUGCUAAUAAAUGUAUUUUUUUUAGUACAUAUAAAAAAUUUGGAUGUUUAAACUUGCUUCAAAUAAUUGCUGAAAGUUAUAGAAAUAUGUCACAGUUGUAGAGUUGCAUUGCAGUAGUUUUAUUGUUACAUUGUUCAGCUUAUUGAAGACUUGUGUGGCUUGUUUUAUUCACCAAACUGAUGAGGUUAAUGAUGUGUAUACAAUAGAGGAUUGCUAAAACUACUUCCUGCAUUUUUCCUUGAAUGCUAAAUUAGAAUAUUUGAGUGUUGUCACCAGCUGUCUCUACAAAGUCAUGAAUGUACUUGUAUUUUGUAAUAUAUACUUUGACAUUGAAAUGGAUGCUUUAGUUUUCAAUUACUUACAAGUGGUUUUCUUUUUCUUUACUACUUUUAGAGUUUACUAUUUCUUUUUUAAUUCUUUACAUUUUAGGAUUUAUUUGGAUAGCUGCUUUAAACAAUCUGACUUAAAUCCAGAUUCCCUUUUACAUUUUUGUUGGCUUUUAUGUGGAAAUACCUGGUAACAUUUUUUUUUAGAUUUUAGUAAACAUGUUAUCUUACAUUUUGUUUUGUGCUUAGUCAAUGCAAUCAGUUCAACUUUCUUUAACUGUACAUCAGCAUAAGAUUUGAAUAUUGAUAUUUCAGUUUUUAAAGAUUAUCUUCGCUGGUUAUUGUAUGACCAAAAUUUGGUUUUCUUAUGUUGAAAUCAUAAUUUUGAAAAGCCAAAAUAUACUUGUUUUAAGUCUGUGUAGAUAUACAUAUGGACUAACGGUGUUGCCUGAUUUUCAGGUCAUCUAAUUUAUCUUGUGAAAUAACAAGACACAGUCCUUGCCUCCCAAACAAAAAACAGACAUUUGUAGCUGUUGACUUUGAAAUAUUCAUUAUUGCCUACACAAUGCAUUGUUAUUUAUAAACCCUUCUGACAUUUAAAUAAAACUAUCAGAUUUUAUUUAUAAAAUAAGGAAAGUUCAGAAUACAAAUAUUUAUUCCUAGUUUUAAUUUUAUACUCAACAAUUAAAGUAGCUACUUGGCCCAACAUGUCUGAAUGAUAUUAUCUAAUCUUUGUCUCAUAAAAAUGUGUUCAUUAUUGUCAAUUUUUUUUAUUUGUCCUAACUCAUAAGACUUCACUAUUAUAUUUCGAGAAGUUUAUCUCCCCUCUAUACUGCCAAACUAGAAGUUUACAUCUUCAUUACAUUAUGAAUUGGUCACAAGGUGAGCUCAUUGGCUUUGUACCUUGUCAAACUUUUUUCACCAUUAAUUUGCAUAAUCUUUUAUCUCAUGACAGUCUUUGACAUUUAUCACAUAACGGUAUCUGACAUUUAUCUCAUGACAGUAUGUGACAUCUCAUGACAGAUCUGGCACUGUAUAAUGACUAGUUUUCCUCUUGUAACCCUCAGCAAUUUACUUAUAUAAUAACCACCUGUUGAUUUUUUGAUUUUGCUUUUUAUCAUAUGCAAUGCGUAGACUUUACUAAAGUGGGGACAUUGAUUAAAAUGUGUCAUUUAUUUGUUAAAUAACAGGUUGCAGACAUUUUUUAUUUUUGCAUAAAAAUGAAUCUGCAGUGGUUUCCCAUCUUGUAACAACAAUCUUCCUACCUUAUAAAUUAUAGAUAUUUAAGAACAAUCUUCUUAUCUUAUAAAUUAUAGAUAUUCCUUCAAAAAAAGUUGACGCCCUAUGCAUCUCUUGAAUAAUAUGGACACCCUACAAUGUUGUCAAUCAAUGAAGAAUAUAAAUCUUGAACUUCAGUCUUGAGAUAAUGAGAUGACUUUAAAAAAAAAUUUUGUAGUAUUGGAAAUAAAAGUCUUCUACUUGGAUGCAAGCUUGUAGUGUCCAUGGAACAUUACAACUGUUAGGUUUGACAAAGUUUUGUAGCCAUGAUAACAUUUGUUACAGCCAUAGAACAAUUCAGCAACACUCAACCAUGGCACUGCCUCUUAGUUUUCUCAUGAUAACUCUGGUCUAUAUGCAUUCAAUCCAAGUAAAGAUAACUAACUGGGUAUUUCUAGGUAUUUUUGAACAAAUAUUCUUACUAGUGCUUAGAGAACAAGAGCUUUUUCAAUUGAGUGAAGUCCAAUGGAUUCCUGAUACAGACGCUUAUGUUUCUUGCUUUUUGUGUGAGCUCAUUUAGGAUGAAACUUGUUUUAGUAUUUAUAUGCACGUCAUAUCCCUUUGAACACAUGUAUCUUAUUCUUUGUUUCCCUUGGUUGUUUUAAUUUCAAAGUGUUGUGCUCAUUGACAGUGAUAGAGUUUCCAUUCCAUUUGGUUUUUGUUAACAUAACAUUAAUCUAAAAAUCUAGAAUUUAGGGAUAUUUAUAUAGUUAAAAUUAUGAAUUUAUUUUAUCUAAAAAAUUAAAAGUGUGCUUAUUUUUUUAAAACAAAGAAUUUAAAUGUCAAAAAAAAUAAAUGUGUGGACCUGUUAAUUCCUAUCCGUUUAUUUUCUUAUUGGUAUGUAGUAGAUUAGUGUUUUUUUUUAUGUGUGGACUUUGUUGUGGUGAACCCAGAUCUUCUUAGUUUUGUGAGUGUGUCCUGUCUAAAGAAUCACAUUUAUAAUAAACAUUUCUUAGGAAUAUUU